ACGGAGCCUGACGCAAGCAGGGAAGUGCUGCUGGUACCUGACCCUAAUGCUCGCGGAGGUGUUUGUUUACUGCUGGUUCGGAGACGAGCUCAUCACGGAGAGUGAGAACGUCACUCUGGCAGCCUACACAGCAGUGACGUCACUACAGGGGUUCCCCGCUGAUGUCCGUAAGUCGCUGCUGAUUGUCAUGACCCGUGCUCAGCGCCCCCUGCGCAUCACUGCCGGUGGGCUGUUUCCCUUCUGCAGGGAAUUCUUCGUCUCGAUUGUGAAUAUGUCUUACUCCUAUUUCGCCAUUCUUCGAAACUUUAAGGAUGACUAGAAGCAACAAAUAACGCUGUUCUUGAAUCAAGG